AAAUUGUCCAACAUGAUUUCUAAGCUCAUAACAAUUUUCUCACUUGUGACAAUCCUUCCCCAUACAACUCCUCAAAAAUGCACUUACAGUGACGCAGAGUGGUACAGCGUUCCCUCAAACUUCGUCUACAGCCUCCAGCCCUCCAAUGCCAACUGCCAGGUUUACUCCGUCAAGGUGGAUACUGCAGGUGGUUGGAUCUACUCUCUGAUUAAGACUGAGUUCUCUUCGGCAGCCUCCGUGGUCUUAAGGAAAACUGAUUAUUACUUCAGGGAAAGCUGGAGAGUGGCUUAUAGCCUUGACCCAGUGAAAGGGACACUCUUACUCUCAUCUGAUUUGACUUAUCUAUACUUCAUCAAUACAGAUCUGAAGUUGACAAAAGUGAAAGCUAAUUCUGGAGAAAUUUUAGGGAUUUAUGAUGAAAGCUCCAUCACCAUUGAUGCCACUCUGACUUCUGCAGAUAUUUCAAGUGAUGGGAAAUAUGUCCACUUUACUGCAAAUACUCCUAAUGGCCCUGGAAUAUGCAGCUUUGCCACUGAGUCUAUCAUUAUUGGCUGCUUUGGACUUUCGAGUCAUGACUUCCCUGUUAGUCUAAUUGCAAUCGGUCAAAAGGAUAUUUUUAGUAUUUAUCAAGCAAAUUCUGGAAGCAAUGACCUUAAAUUAUCAAGAUUUACAGUUAAUGACUACAGAAGAAAUUUAGAACUAGAUGAGGCUAGCAUGCUAGAAGGCUCUAGAAGAAGCUUAAUAACACUCACAGAAGGCUGGGUUAGAGGCUUCUCUCCUGUAAACGGUGGGACUGCAGGCAAAAGCUCCAUUGUCUAUGGCAGUGACUCUGGUUUGCUUUAUACGAGCCUUGCAUUCGACACUGUUACUUUAUUCUUAAUUUUAAAGGCUUCUAACGGAGCUCCAGUGGUUAACAAGUAUGUCACCAACUUUGCAGAAGUGUGUACAAGUGUAGAUUCGUCGCUGAAAUUUAACAAUCAAAUCAUUUUCAUCACAACAUGCUCAGGGAACAGUUAUAUUUAUACAUAUGAGAUUAUUUCAGACACAUUUUCAUCAUCUCUGCUGAUGUCAGAGAAUACUUAUACAAUCAAUGUACUUUACACAGAUACAUUCAUCAUCUACAUGGCUGGAAAAAUUGCUGUUGAUGGGAAUGAUGAAUGUGUGAAUUCCAGACUCAUGACUUUAACUGACCAUAAGGAUAUCUCAGACACUUCCAAUACCUUUAGAGUGAUGUCUCAGGGAGAAUAUUCUGCUGAGUCUAGAAAUACUUCGGGGACUUUUGCAACAGGGACCAUCACUCAAGGAGUUACAUACACUACAAUCAGUAAUUUUACACUUGAAGUGAACAAAAGUGCCUCUUAUUUUACUGAUAUAGCUGUUUAUACAGAAAGUUACAAGAAUCAUACUUUACCUGAGAGAACCCAAAUGGAUGUUGAAGCAAAUAUCACCUGCUCUAUUUCUGGAAAUACUACUGUGAAGAGAACACUCAAAGCAAUUGAUGAUGAGACGUCCAUGCCUGAUUUUAUAAAGGUGCCUACAUACUUCUCUGGAUUAUCCAUGCGAACUCCUAACAUCGAGAAGAUUGAGAAUUAUAGCCUUACUGUUGAAGUUUCAACUGCAGGUAUGUCUAUAAACAAGAAUGUAUAUCUAUGGGUGCAUCCUGAGAAUCAGCCUUCUUCGAUUGUCCAAAUAUCAAUUUACGCCUCUAUUUUCAUCACAAUUGUGUACAUGAUCAUAACUCCACUGCUUCAAUAUCACAAAAUCGGGUCUAUGAGUGCAAUCUUUUCAUUAUGAAACUUAUUCCAGAUUUUGUGUAUCUUGCUUUGUCUUGGAGAAAGAUUCUCAGAGUCCAUUACUUGGUACAUAAGAGGACUCAGCCCAGCCAUGUUUUCAUUCAGGUUUUACUUCAAUCAAGAUUCUCUGCUGAAUAAGAUAUUUAACCCUCACAGUCACUUCAAAUGCGAGCAGACUGAAAAUAGGCUGUAUGACAUUGGAGUGCACAACUGUAGUAUUCUCUUGAAUGUGUUGCCUUUGAUGGCUGCUUUGUGCACCCUAGUAUUCUCUAACAUUUUAGUCUAUGUUCUUUGCUACUUUUUGAAAGAAUGCGACGGGCCUAAAUAUCCAGAUGGAAAGAUUUCAAAACUAUUUGGCAAACUGAAGAAAUUGUGUUACUAUGAUCUUUAUGUCAUCCUUUUCUAUCAAGCUAUAGCAUACCUCUUGUUAGCGAGUGUGAGUGAGAUAUCUCAAGGGGUCAAAGACGGUACUGGAAAGCUGCUUUCUUUUAUCCUCUCCAUUGGGAUUCUAAUAUUUUGUAUUGGGUUCGGGAUUUUUACAGCAAUUUUUAAUACAUUUAAAACCAUUUCAACUUAUUUUCAUUUCAAACGUGCUUCUCUUGGCUUCCUUGGUAAAGGAUUCAGGAUAUCAAAAUAUGCAAGGCUAUUCCACUCUUUUGGGCUUUUACGCAAGCUACUUCUGGCUGUAAUAAUCCUCACAAUAAGCUCAUCAAAAAUGGGACUCAAAGCAGGGCUUAUUAUGGCUCUAAAUGUAGUCUUUCUAGUCUAUCUUAUUGCUAUCAGACCUUUUAAGAGAGUAAAAGAGAAUUUGGUUGAGAUUAUUUGUGAAAUUUUAAUAUCCUUGUUCUCAUUUAUGAUAAUACUUCACCAUACUGAAGAAGAUUGGAGUGAAGUCUCUACAACUCUGAUGUUAUCUAUGUUCAUAUUAAUUAUCUCAAUCGUACUGAUCCUUCAACUACUAUUUUUAAUCAAACAUAAGACCCAACGAGUUCCAGUCAAGAAGUGGUUCUUGAGGGUUUCACCUAAGAAAAGACCACAAUCUUCAGUCAGACAGAAUUCUCAGCUUAACUCUGCAAUUGGAUUUAAUUAA